CUUCUGUGUGGAAAACUAGAAAGUGGUCGUUUCCGGAAAGAAAAUGCAUGGAAGAAUCAAAGUGAAAACAACUGCAGAGCAACAGGAGGCCAAAAGGAAGGAAAGGGAAAAAAAGCUGAAAAUCUACAAUGCUGGAACAGAGGCGGUCUUCCAAAAAAGAAAAAACAAAGAGUUUGAUGAAGAGGGCUUGAAGUUAUCGGGGGAACUUCUUGGUGUCAAUCCUGAUAUAUAUAGUUUUUGGAAUUUUAGAAGAGAAAUCUUCAUUGAUCUCCAAGACAAAAGAGAGGAGGCAGAGUUACAGAAGCUGUUACAAGAUGAGCUCCAUUUCCUAGAAGCAUGUCUGAAAGUGAACCCAAAGUCCUAUGGGGCAUGGCAUCAUCGUUGUUUUGUCAUGGAUGCCAUUCCAGAACCUGACUGGGGGAGGGAACUCCACCUGUGCAAUACCUUCCUCAACCUAGAUGAGAGAAACUUUCACUGCUGGGACUACAGACGCCAUGUCGUGCUACGCUCUAAUGUGAACCUGGACGAAGAACUACAAUAUACUACGCAAAAAAUUCAGUCCAACUUUUCCAACUAUUCCUCGUGGCAUUAUCGGAGUAAGCUGCUGCCUGUGAUACACCCUGACUCUAGUCACCCAGUGGCUGUACAGGAAGACGUUCUGCUGAAAGAAUUUGAGGUCGUACAGAAUGCCGUGUUCACAGAUCCUGAUGACCAGAGUGCAUGGUUUUACCAGAGGUGGUUGUUGGGUAGAGGUCAGAAGAAGCUACAGAUUUGCUGUGUCCAUGUUUCAAGGGAUCUCCAGAGGAUCGUUGUUCUGUUGUCACGACCAGUAAUGAUGGGUCAAGGUCACUGCCUCACUGUCAGUAUCGACACCACCCCAGUCGCAGGGAAAUGGAGAACGAUCACUGGCUCCAGGAUGUACUCCACUCUAUGGGUUAUUGACCUACCUGACCAGAGUUUGCCAGUGGACAAACAGGCUUCAAUUGCGGUCACUCUGAUGGACGACCGCUAUUGUACUAAAUUCUCUGAGGGCCUUCAACUGAUGCCAGACCAGGAGGAGACCUGGGCUGUAGCAGAAUUCAAACAAGGAAGUCGCUUCAGCACUGAACUGAGUGCAGCAGCUACUUCCACCAUGGCCCAGGAACUGGAAAGCAUCCGCGAACUUCAAUCCCUGGAGCCUAACAAUAAGUGGGUACUGUUGACUAUGAUCCACUUGAUGAAGGCUAUCGACCCAGAACACACUAAAUAUGCGGCUGAACUGGAGGAAAGUUUCAACAAACUUGCUGCUGUCGAUACGAUGAGGAAAUCCUACUACUGGGAUCUAAGGAGCAAGUUCUUGAUAGAGAGUGUUUUAGAGUCCCACGAUUCCAAGGUACGGGACGUGAAGUUGUGUCAACGAGGACUUAGCUGUCUGUAUCACACGGAUUGGAUGGUCCUAGUUACCUCCAUUGACCUUUCCCAGAAUUACCUCAAAUCGGUACGAAGCUUGUCUGAUCUCCAGUGCCUGCGAAGUCUGAACCUUGACAAUAAUCAGCUGGCUGAUUUACAAGGACUGGCAUUUUGCAGGAGACUUACAGAUUUGUCUGUGAAGAAUAAUUCUAUAUGCAAUGUUGAAGUGUUUGAAGAACUUCGAACAUGUGUCUUCCUAAAGAAGUUGUCAGUAGCGGGAAAUCCAGUAUGUGCCAUAGAAGAUAAUGUAACAAAAAUAUGUGCGCUCAACAAAUCACUCCAAGUUGUUGAUGAGCAGGACUCCAUAGGAUAACAUGAAGACUGUGAUUGUUGCUGGUAUAAAUUAACUUUCUGUGAUGUUGUAUAAUCUUGUUACUAUUGCUGUCAUUUGUAUGGAAAUUUUGAAUCCAGUAUACGAAAACUGAAACCCAAUUCUUAGUCAUUUAAAGAGCUUUAAAGAGCUUUAAAGUAUGAUAUGCAACUUACAUUUGACCUUUCUAUGGCAAUAUCAACAUUUAUAAUGCAUCAACUUUAUUAAUUGAUCUAAUUUCGCUCGGCAUUGCCACUUAUUAACCCUACCAGUGAUAACAUUCAUAGGCUUGACUGUGAUGUCAGCACCGUUUUGAUGUCAGCAUUGUUAUGUUGCUUCAUCAAGACAUUAGGUAAAACUCACCCUUUCUUGUAGAUGACUUGACCAUUUAUUUAAAUAACAAGUAUAAUUAAUAUAUAUUUAUUUUGAUAUGUUGCAUAUCAUCUUGAUAAACCUACAUUAACUGAAGGUUGUGAUGAUUGCAGUAUCAGCUUCAUAGAAGGCUUAACUCAUUCAACCCUGAAGACACAUUUGAACUCUUCCAAUUCAAAGGUUGGAAUAGUUCAUUAUGAAAUUUCAGGUGUGAAUGGAGGAACAAAGAACAAAUUUUUGUUUUGUGAUGUUGUUAUUCAUGCAUUGUUGGAAUACCCUCUGGUUUUCCGGUGCUACUUUUGCUUGCAAUCUAGGUAGACACAAAACCUUGCCGGUACCCAAGUACCUUGUGACUGCCUUUCUACUUAGGCCAAAAAAAAAGAUUUUUCAAACCCCCAAGUGGCGCAAAACGCUGCCGGGGUUUGCUCUGUAACCACUUUGUCCACUUCCAGUGCUUCCCCAUGCACGAAAGCCUUCUGGGAAAAUUAAGGCUGCACACUGUCUUCAAAAAUAUGAUAGCAAAUCCUACGGUAUCUGUAAUUAUUACAGUUUACUAGUGAAAUAUCAUGAAUUCUCCAUUUGAUAAAAACAUAUCAUAAUGCAGUGAAGAUAAACGAAAUGUUUUAUCUUCACAUGUGAAGGCGUCACUCUUAGUAUUGUGCAAUCUGAACGGGACAUUCUAUUCUCUGCGUAGAUUUUCAGUGUCAAGUUGAGAAGAAGCGACGGCAGAAUAAGUGGUUAUGUUACAUCUUUGCAGCAUACAUAAUUGUUUUUACAUAACUACACUAUUAAUAUCAUUUUUUGCCUGGAAAUCUUCCCAGACAAUACCAACAAACGGCAAAUUUAAAGUAAACACCUAUUCAAAACGGCGCUCUGCAUUGUUGUCAAGCGUGACCUCAUAAGAACUUGGCGUCAAACAAUACGCUACACAUGCCCGCCCUUUUUCUGAUGUAGCAAUAUUUGCGUGGGAUGACGUGAAAAAAUGUAAGAAGACGGUUGGUAUUUUAUUCAGAGGUACAAUAGAAAUAUUUGUAACAAUCGCUGCUUCUCUUUCUCAGAAGAUGACGUUAUUACCUAAUUGUUGACAUGUAAACGUGCAUUUAAAAAAUGUACAUUUGCGUGCUGUAUGACAAAAUAGCAACAACAGUGCUAAAUGCAAAAUAAAUGCACUUAAUAAUUUAUAAGAUUAUUAUUAUAAUUAAAUAAAUUCAAGUAUCCUCGAGGUUGUUGAGACUGUCAGUCAUUUUCAUAAAAAAAGAUUUGGUGUCCAGCAGCUUUGCCGCAUUUUCUUGUUGUUUCAGGUAAAAUGCCUGAAAAAAAUAGCACAGGUUGGUAGGCAAGUAAUUUUAUUUCAAUGUAAAUUUUCAAUAUUUGUGAAUUAAUAUUCUGCUUUAUUUCAAAGUUUACAAUGCAUUUGCACACAUUUCAAUGGCUAUUAAUUUGUCAAGAAUAAGGUCAGACUCCCAGAACAGGAAGAAAGUACAUUUUAAUGAGUGGUUGUGAUACUAGAACAUUGUAGUUGAUCAAAUAUCUAGGGUCGGCAGUAAAAUCUAGGGUAGGUCGGGAUACCUGAAACACACGUUUUUUAAAUUUUGGCCUUACCCAUAUAGGGCACAUCAAAAUUAAUGUAAUAUGUUGGAUACUGUAUAAUCAAACAAAUGGUUCCAUCACACUUUGUCUAUCCUAAUCUUUGAAAUUGAGAUCCAGCUGACACCUGUAUGCCAAACAUCACUUUUACAUUAGAUAAUGUCACCUGUUACAUUAAAGGUGCAAGCUACCUCACUGUACAAGUGUGAAAAACACCUCCUUUUUAAAAGAGUUCCACUCUAUAUAUAUCAUGUGAAAUGUCUGCCAUGAAUAACAUUCUAGUAUUAAUCAUUUCACCUCUAUGAAUCUUUAGGAAACUCUACCAUGCAUUGAUUUGGACGAGUCCAUUAUGGUCUACAGUGGUGAAAGGGUUAAUACAAUGAAUGAUACAUACAUGUAGAAAGGUAUGCAAGAAAAGUAUUGAAUCAGUGUUGUUUAAAGGGAGAUAAUUCUUACACAAAUUGUAGGUAUAAUUACUAGAGGGUUACUGCUAUACCAUUUAAUGCCUACAUUUCAUCAAAUGAUUUCUUUUUUUACAUCUCAAUCUACAGCAAGAGAAAUUGAAGUGCUACAUUCCUUGUAUUAAUAAGAAUUUAUUGUGAUCAUUGUGAAAUCUUUAAAAAAAAAAUGCAUUUAAAUAUCAAACUAAUCUGCAUCAUGAUGCUGAAGUCAUUGUAUGAUUAAAUAAACUGUAUCACAAUCA